UGCUGCCUCCCUGACUCCCCUAGGAUGGAUGUGUGUGGCUGGAAAGAAAUGGAGGUUGCUCUGGUCAAUUUUGAUAACUCAGACGAAAUCCAGGAAGAACCCGGUUAUGCCACAGACUUCGAUGCAACCAGCCCCAAAGGCCUGCCUGGGAGCAGCCCUUUCUCCAACUGGAAGAUCCUCAUCAGUGACAGUACUAGCCAUGAGACCACCUUUUCCAAGCCUCCUGAAGACUAUGUCGACGCUCCAGGGCCGGAGCCAGUGGUCUUGAAUGAAGGAAGCCAGCGGGUGAUCAUCAACAUUGCAGGACUGAGAUUCGAGACCCAACUCAGAACCCUCAAUCAGUUCCCAGAGACUCUGCUGGGAGACAGGGAGAAAAGGAUGCAGUUCUUCGACUCCAUGAGAAAUGAGUACUUCUUUGACCGGAACCGGCCCAGUUUUGAUGGAAUCCUGUAUUAUUAUCAAUCUGGUGGGAAAAUCCGGCGCCCAGCCAACGUCCCCAUCGAUGUCUUUGCAGAUGAGAUCUCCUUCUAUGAGCUGGGCAGUGAGGCCAUGGAUCAGUUCAGAGAGGAUGAAGGCUUCAUCAAAGACCCAGAAAUCCCCCUCCCCACCAACGACUUCCACCGGCAGUUCUGGCUCCUCUUUGAGUACCCCGAGAGCUCCAGCGCUGCCCGAGGAGUGGCCGUGGUCUCGGUGUUGGUUGUGGUCAUCUCCAUCACCAUCUUCUGCCUAGAGACUCUCCCAGAGUUCCGGGAGGACAGGGAGCUGAAGGUGGUCAGAGACCCUGGCCUCAACACCAGCAAGACAGUGCUCUCCCACACCAUGUUCACAGACCCUUUCUUCAUGGUGGAGUCCACCUGCAUCGUGUGGUUCACCUUUGAGCUGGUGCUCAGGUUCGUGGUCUGCCCCAGCAAGACAGACUUCUUCAGGAACAUCAUGAACAUCAUUGACAUCAUCUCCAUCAUUCCCUACUUCGCCACUCUAAUCACAGAGCUGGUCCAGGAGACAGAGCCCACUGCUCAGCAGAACAUGUCCUUGGCCAUUCUGAGGAUAAUCCGCCUGGUGAGGGUCUUCCGCAUCUUCAAGCUCUCCCGCCACUCCAAGGGACUGCAGAUCCUGGGGCAGACGCUGAAGGCGUCCAUGAGGGAGCUGGGGCUGCUCAUCUUCUUCCUCUUCAUCGGAGUCAUCCUCUUCUCCAGUGCAGUCUACUUUGCGGAGGUGGAUGAACCAGAGUCCCACUUCUCCAGCAUUCCUGAUGGCUUCUGGUGGGCAGUGGUCACCAUGACAACCGUGGGCUAUGGUGACAUGUGUCCAACCACCCCCGGGGGCAAGAUCGUGGGCACACUGUGUGCCAUUGCAGGAGUUCUCACCAUCGCCCUCCCCGUGCCUGUCAUUGUCUCCAACUUUAACUACUUCUACCACAGGGAGACUGAGAAUGAGGAGAAGCAAAACAUUCCAGGAGAAAUUGAGAAAAUCCUCAACAGUAUGGGCUCAAGAAUGGGCAGCACAGACUCUCUCAGUAAGACCAAUGGUGGCUGCUCUGCAGAGAAGUCCAGAAAGUGAUCUGUCGGCUAGCCCUAAGCUUC